CUACGACAUUGCGCGGAUAAAGGCGAGCAGGGGGAGUGGACGGAGUCCGGGUUUAUUGUUUAUCACGAAACCGGUUUGUUCGCGUAGCGUGUAUUUAUGCGAUGGCGAAAAUGUCGGGAAUCGAUGGCAUGCAGAUUACGUAGCCUUGAACCCCGAGCGUGCAAAUCGCCUCCAUCUGUUCGGGAUCUCUCGCUGUCAACAACAGAGCCGCAAAGCGCUCGGUUAGCGCGCUGCACCCCAAAGCCAAGUUUCGCGUCGGCAUAAAUGCAUAUAGUCUCGAAGCGUUUCAAACACCGUUUUGCGUUCUGUCGAUGUGAAUACGGUAACGUAAACCCGGACCGCGUCGUUUGCACGCGCGACGUCAUGCAGCGGAUGACUGUACGAGGAAGAUGAAUCGAGGUCAGUUGAAAGGGAAUAACAAAGAGAACCUGCUCUGCAGUCUCGCGAGCAACCAUUAGCGGAAGCGGCACGUUGUUUUAGUGUUUGACAUUCGAACUUCGCCGCUAGAGACGGUUUAGACCGGGGGCACGGCCACCGACAUUUAGCCAUUUCGACGGGCUUUUACUGAACCGCGAUCGCGUUCGGUUAGAGACGUUGAACUUUUCGUUUCGCCUCGCGCCGGAGAGACGUUAUUUCAAAUACGGAGCACGCGCGUUUGGGGAAUUACCGGUUAAACCUGGAGCCGGCCGUUGGUUAUUCGCCGAUAACUGAAGAUGACGACGACACUUAGCAUUACGUGAAUCAGACACCACCAUUAAUCUUUGUGCUCUGGCACGACCUCGGAAUUGAAAGUGAUUAUUAUAUUUAUUAGCAGGCUACUGCCCUGCCCCCUCAGGAGACCCCCUAUGUGGACUGAAGACACCCCGCAGUUUUACACAGGAUGGAUGAGCUGUAUGUGAGGUCUCCUUUUUGUCAUCAUCAUCAUCAUCAACAACGUAUCUUGAUCUGUGCAUGGAUCCUGCGUUACUUUUAUCGCCAAGCACUUCCCGUGCUUCUCUCCAACUCUUUAGUCUGCAAGAGCAUUGACUUUAUCUGAACUGCUGUUUUGAGAGGAGAGAGGUUUGGCAAGUUUUUACUUGGUUCUGAAGCAAACUCUUCUCUCCAUCGCGUAUUUACUACACUGCUUUUUUUUUAAUGCAUGGAUAGAGUUUAAGAUUUGACCCGACUUCUCACUCCACUUGGUGGAGAAAUGUCAGAAAAUCUCAACGACAACAUGGUCAAGUUCCUUUCCCCCCCUUUGAAGAACAUCAACGGCUCCAGCUCAGACACGCUGGUGGGCGAGCGUCUGGGUGUCGAGGUCCGUCGUCGCCACCACACCAUGGAGCGCAAGGCGGAGGCAGAGCACCGUUUCUUCCGGCGCAGCGUCAUCAACGACUCCAAUGCCACGGCGCUGGAGCUGCCCAGCAAAAACACAAUCCUAACCAUCACAACGGACUCUCACGCUUUUGUUUGUGAACCUCCUGCUUUGGAAACCAAAGCUGCUUCAGUGGCCACAAAAUCUGAAGGUUUGGUUGCACCAGAAAAGGAGGGUGACGGUGUUGAGACGGCCAUGAUAGAGUCAACGACGGUGUUGAUUGCGAAUACCACAUGUCUUCUCUCUGCAGAAGCACCGUGUUUGGUUGCAGAGUUGAAGUCUGGAGAUGGCACCGAUGGAAAACGAGAGGAUGAGAAAGAGGAGGAUGAAGAGGGUAGAGACAAGGCACGAGCCAAGGCGGAGUUGCGGGAUGCAAAGGCAGAGCUGAACGACAAUGAGGAAGUUGAGACAAAUGCAGUCGGGACGUCGCCGGAUGGACGCUUCUUGAAGUUCGACAUUGAGAUUGGACGUGGCUCUUUCAAGACAGUCUACAAGGGUCUAGAUACUGAAACCACGGUGGAGGUGGCAUGGUGCGAAUUGCAGGAUCGCAAGUUGUCCAAGUCUGAGCGGCAGCGUUUUAAAGAGGAAGCCGGAAUGCUGAAGGGUCUUCAGCAUCCCAACAUAGUACGCUUCUAUGACUCCUGGGAGUCAUCCUUGAAAGGGAGGAAGUGUAUUGUCUUGGUGACUGAACUCAUGACAUCUGGGACACUCAAGACGUAUCUAAAACGGUUUAAGGAGAUGAAGAUCAAAGUCCUGCGCAGCUGGUGCCGGCAGAUUCUAAAGGGCCUGCACUUCCUCCAUACCAGGUCACCUCCAAUCAUCCACCGGGACCUCAAAUGUGACAACAUCUUCAUCACUGGACCUACUGGAUCUGUCAAGAUUGGAGACUUGGGCCUGGCAACCCUCAAGAGGGCAUCUUUUGCCAAGAGUGUCAUAGGUACCCCUGAGUUCAUGGCGCCUGAGAUGUAUGAGGAGAAGUAUGACGAAUCGGUGGAUGUGUAUGCCUUUGGGAUGUGUAUGCUGGAGAUGGCUACUUCUGAGUAUCCGUACUCCGAGUGUCAAAAUGCAGCUCAGAUCUAUCGCAGAGUCACCAGCGGGGUGAAGCCUGGCAGUUUUGACAAAGUGGCUAUUCCUGAAGUGAAGGAGAUCAUUGAGGGUUGCAUACGUCAGAAUAAGGAUGAGAGGUAUUGCAUCAAGGACCUCCUAAGUCAUGCCUUUUUCCAAGAGGAGACUGGGGUUCGUGUAGAGCUUGCUGAGGAGGAUGAUGGAGAACUAGUGUCCAUAAAGUUGUUGCUGCGCAUUGAGGAUGUAAAGAAACUGAAAGGGAAAUACAAAGAGAAUGAAGCCAUUGAGUUUUCCUUUGACUUAAAUAAAGACGUCCCAGAUGAUGUUGCCCAAGAAAUGGUCGAUUCGGGCUAUGUUUGUGAGGGUGACCACAAAACCAUUGCAAAGGCCAUAAAGGACAGAGUGUCCCUGAUCUCUCGAAAAAGAGAGCAGAGAAAACUUGUGAGAGAGGAACAAGAAAAGAGAAAGAUGGUGCAGGAGAAUGACCCCUCACAGCUUGGACAGCAUACUGACACCGCAGCCAAGCCCCCUGGUCCUGCUCUGGCCUCAGUCAUUAUGGAGUCUGAAGAACAUGAAACGGAUCAUCACCAGCAACUGCAACAGCCUGGGGCCUCUGCUUCCACUGUAGGUUUUGUGGAUGCUCAAAGUUCAGUGUCUGUCUCUGAGACUCACCCUGCCCAGCCAGGCACAUCUUUCAGCACUGUACAUCCUGAUGCACAGCCUCAGCACGCCAUGACCCAUCCACAAAGCAUGUCACAGCACCCAGCCCUGGCCCCUCUGCAGCAGCCGAGCAGUACUUUGACCCCGGUUCCCACCGCCCAGACUGGAACUGCAGCCAUACCCCAGGUGAUGGGUCAGGCGGCCACCCUGCCCUCUACCGUUCAACCCACGGUCCCCUUGCAAUACCACCAGGCACCUCAAGAUGGCAGUGCUCCUCCUCCGGGCCCUCAAAUCUUACAGGCACCACUGACCGUGUCCCAACCACAGCCAGUAGAGCAGUCACAACAUCAAACAUCUCUGGUUCCAGCCUCCACAGAAAGUGGUCACUCUGAUGCAGCCUCUGGUCUGAGUGAUGGGAACGAGGGCAAGCAUGAGGGGCGCUCAAUGAAACGACCCCAGAGCCGCUCUGUACGCAGCCGCUCACGCCACGAAAAGAUGUCCAAGGCCAAGCUCAAGCUCAAUGUGCUGAAUAUUUCUAAUAUUGGGGAUAGAGUCGCUGAAUGUCAGUUGGAAACGCACAACAGGAAAAUGGUCACUUUCAAGUUUGAUUUGGAUGGAGAUAAUCCUGUAGAAAUUGCUGAAAUUAUGAUCAAAAGUGAUUUUAUCUUGGAGAGCGAGCGGGAGUCCUUCAUAGAUCAGGUUCGAGACGUCAUUCAGAUGGCAGAUCAGAAAGGAAAAGCUCAGAAAAAUAGCCCAAAUCAGGUAAGCAGUAAUUUGGACCAGCAAAUACCUGAAAUUUCAACAUCCAGUGUGCCUGGUGUGCCACCUAGCGUAGCAGCACAAGUUGUACAUUCAGCAGGCCGCCGCUUUAUAGUUAGCCCGGUCCCUGAAGCAAGACUUCGUGAGCCGUAUUUUGGACCUUCUUCUGCAAACACGUCAUUUGAAGACUCCACACCAGCUUCUGAUCCCGCACCAGCCAGCAGUGUUCAGCAGGACCAAGCUAGCUUUGCACCUGGCUCAACCCAGGUUUCUGUGGUACCGCCCACACCUGGAGGUCUUGCCCAAGAGGCUUCUCAAUAUCAGAGCCCUGUCCCAGCAACCACUGCAACUCUGACUGCAGUCACCACUCAAGUAACCACUCCUGCGCCGUCUACCACUCAGCAAACCAAAACAGGGAGGACGUCUCCUUCUCCAGCCCCAACUGAAUCACCAGCUCCACGUCGGUUGUCACUUCCCACCCCUUCCCAGACUCCUCAAAGUAUUGUGACUGAGAGCAAUGGCUUGGAUCAGGCUCAAGCCGGCAUCCAGCAGGUGCAAGUCGGCCCCUCUGUCCCUGUGACGCAGCCAUCUGCAACGGGAGAUGGUGAGACUGAUGUACAGGGGAAACCGCCUGGAAUUGAAGACAUUCAUGCUUUAGAUCAGAAGCUGCGUUCCCUUUUCAAGGACUCCUCCCAGAGCUCCUCCAACCAACCUGAUGGAUCUGGAGAGUCUACAUCCUCCCCACCCAACACUAUCAGCACUAACACUCCUGGCUUUGUCUCCGGUGCGACGCCUUCCAGUUUGUCUCUUAGUUCCAGUGGGAACUUUGCACCUGGUGCUUUUGCCUCUCUUGCAACACCUACAAGCUAUGCCCAGUCACCAUCUGCAGAUCCAUCCCCACAAAGGCCACAGACCACUGUAUCUGUAGUUCAACCAGAUGGACAGACCAGCGCUGAGGAGACAGAGCCAGCAACAUCACAACCCGAAACAGCUUUCAAACUUGGCCGAUUUCAGGUUUCUGUGGCCAGCGAUCAAGAUCCAGCAGUCAUUGUCUCAUCUUCCUCCAUCACCCCUUCUUCAACAUCAUCAUCGUCAUCAUCUUCCUCAUCAUCACCAUCAUCUCUCUCUAGCCCUGAAAACACUGUUCAUAAAUCUCAGACCCCUCCCAGGGUCAGCCCUGAACUUGUCCCAUCUACCACUACAGUCGGCCGCUUUCAGGUGACCUCCAGCACUGACCUCAAAGUGGGCCGCUUCUCAGUGACUCCAGCAGAAAGAGCGAGCUCCUCCAUAAGCUCUGCUGAGGGAUCAGACUCUGCUAAAGAGUCUAAAAUGACCCCUUCCAGCGUGUCCAUCAUCAAUCACUACCUCAGCAGUGACAACGACUCGGAACCAGAAGAUGAGGGCUUUAAACGAGAGAUGAACAAGCUCAGGGACAGACAUAUGGGUGAGAUCCAGGCAUUACAGAAUAAACAGAAGAAGGAAAUUGAAGAACUCUAUACUCGACUGGGCAAAACGCCACCCUCUGUGAUGAUCCCUCCCACAGUGGCCAUCGCAGCAGGCAGGAGGAGGCCUACUAAGGGCAAGGGGACCAGGUCAAGAAGUGGUAGCGGUACUGGCUCUUUUCAACAAGGGAACAAACAAGCUGUACAGAGUGGAAGUUCAGGCAAUCAGUCAGUCACUGGAAAGACUGAUACCAUGCCAGGCUCAAACGUUCAAGGUACCACAAGUCCAGUGAGAGAAGAGAACGGACAGAGCCAUGACCAGGACCAAGCACCUGCUGCUAACCUGCACAAGGGCACAUUCACAGCUGACCUCCAUCAGCUGGUUGAUAACUGGGCCAGGGAUGCCAUGAAUAAGAUGCCUCAGGUCAAGAAAGGCUCCAAAAAGAAUUCACAAACCCAUGGUAUGCCACGUAAAUACUCUGCACCAGGUCAGCUUUGUUCCACGGGCGGUCACAUCCCAGCCACCGUCAACCCUACAGCCGGGCGGAAGGGUUCACUAUGCGUGCCCAAUCAACAAUUUGGCUACACCUGCCCCACCUACAGCAUGUCCCAGUGGGCUCAGACAAACCCACUGGCAUCCACUGCUCCCCCCGCAGGACAACAGCAGGGCUUCCUCAUACCCUCAGGAGCUCACCAGUCUGGAAACAACUGCGGGUCAACCAGUCUACGCACCACUCAGGCGAGCUGAAACGGCUGGGUUGGUUCAAGGAAGGGAAGAGCUAUCUAUGCCUUGCGGGGUUGAGAUUAUCGGACCUAGUCCUUUACAUGGACGCGUUUUAUCUGACAGUUUACAUUGGAAAGACUUUCAGGUCCAUAUAAUGUGACUCGGGUUAUUUGAAUCUGCUAUUUAAAGACUGAUAGAUGAAUGUGUACAUUUUGAGAAAGAGGCACAGGAUGGGUAAAACUGGUUUAAGUUGUCUUAAACAUCAGAUAUAUAGCCUUAUAGUAUGAAUACCGUCCUUAUUGUAAAAGUCAGGCAGUAAAAUACAGUGAUGGUGUUGCAAUUUACAUACAGAAGAGUUUGUGAAUGGAUGGAAAGAGGAGACUACACCAAAACAAGACUGAAUGAGUGUAUCCUGCAUACAAGUCUAGAUUGUGGGAAGAUGGAUAAAGAAGGUAGAUAGGAAGGAAGGAAUGUUAGAGAUGAGUAUUGGGUGAUAGUUAGGCUUUGAAAUGAAAGGAAGAGGUUGUGCAAUUGAGGGAGGUAUAAGCAGGGUUUUAUAGCUCUUUGUACUUGCACGUAUUUCAUAGCAUUGUUAAUUUGUGACUUUUUUUAUAUAUCAUUUAUGAUGAGCUUACAAUAAUACAGUGCAUCUUAUAUAGACAUUCACCACUACCCAAACUCUUGUAUGUAAGUGGAUAGAAGGCUUAAUUUGGACGAGGGUGAGCAUCCUGCAUGAAAGCACAUUUCUUCAUCCAAACACACUGCUUUCAACUUGAAAGAAGCUAGCCUUAAACUACAGGAUUAUGUAUUCCCCGUCUUUAAAAUGUCACACAACCAUCAAAGCCAUGUGCUGUAGUAUAUGAAAUACUUGAUCUUUGUGGUGAAAAGAUUUAAUGUGGUGCAUUUGACUGCAAUGACAUAGAAGUACAGUAUUAAACUACAGCACCUCAUUACCAG